AUGAGUAAUGAAUAUGAACCAUUGGAGAUAAUAGGCAAAGGAUCCUUUGGAACAGUACGUAAAGUGCGAAGCAAGAUUGAUAACUCUAUUGCCGUCCGAAAAGAGAUUGAAUACAAGUCGAUGAAUAGUCAUGAAAGAAACCAAAUUAUCUCUGAGCUACGUAUAUUGAAAGAGUUGAAUAAUAAGAACAUAGUGAGGUACUAUAUGCAUGACCAUAUAAUAAGUCAAAAGUGUAUACACAUAUAUAUGGAGUAUUGUUCUGGAGGUGAUUUGGCCAAGUAUAUCUCUGACUACAAAACAAACAAAGAGGAUGUACCCGAGGAGUUGAUAUGGCAGGUCUUGGUGCAGAUGUUGUUGGCAUUGUAUAGGUGUCAUUACGGUUGUGACGCUGAAAAAGUCAAUUUGUUUCACCAAGAGGAUAACUUGUCAAAUAAACUACGCAACGUUUCACCAAAGAUCAACUCAGAUUCAGUGAUCAUUCAUCGAGAUAUCAAGCCAGAUAACAUAUUUGUUGAAAACGGCGUUUUCAAAUUGGGUGACUUUGGCCUUGCAAAGAUGUUGACAACCCAAAAUGAUUUUGCAAAAACUUAUGUUGGUACGCCAUACUAUAUGUCGCCCGAAGUAUUAAUGGAUGAGCCCUACCUGCCGGUAUGUGACAUUUGGUCCUUGGGUUGUGUCUUAUACGAGCUAUGCAAUUUGCAACCGCCGUUCCAGGCAAAGACCCAUUUGCAAUUACAGUCAAAAAUCAAAAGGGGAAUAAUUCCCAAUUUAUCAGAGUCCUACUCAUUUCAAUUACGAUCUAUAAUAAAAGAGUGCAUAACAGUUGAUCCAAAUCUUCGUCCAUCGUGUUACGAUCUUAUAAACUCACUAAGCAUCAAGUUUUUAAGAAAAGAAAUGGAGUUGGCCGAAUAUAAUCGAACUUUAUCCCAGUUGAAAUACGAGCUCAUCAAUAAGAAUGAAGAAUUGAAGAAAAAAGAACAGUUUCUACAAAUACAUGAAUCUAAACUUAAGGAAAAAGAAUUGAAUUUAACCCAGAUGGAGAAUAACUUGAUUGAGGAAUUCAAUCUAAAGAAAAAGUCGUUGGAUUUGGAAGCUAAGGAAGUCAGGUUGGGAUAUCAAAAGGAAUUCUGGACAGUGGUGGAGAAAGAGGUUGAAAAGAAAGUUCAAGAAAGAUUGAAGUCAAGGCCAAGAGGACCCAGAGAACUAGACGAUAUACAUACAGCUACUACUAGCGGCACCAACGACAGCAAUAAUAACAGCAAUAGCAACAGCAAUAACAACACCAACAACACCAACAAUAUACUUCGUAAUAAAAAUUUGAAUCUAGCACAAGAAACUAUACCUAAUAAUCUCCCUUUCAGCAAUCAUAAAUUCAGAGUCACUGAUGAAUAUGAACGUCAAAGAAAUAUAGAAAUACGCAAGUAUCGUAUCAACUAA